AUGGGCGAGGUUGUAACAACCAAGCCCACGAUAGGAUUCAAUGUGGAGACUCUAAAGUAUAAGAAUAUAACUUUGAAUAUCUGGGAUCUUGGAGGACAGACCUCGAUAAGACCGUAUUGGAGGUGCUACUACAGCAAUACAUCUGCUGUCAUAUUCGUGGUCGAUUCAACCGAUAAGGAUCGUAUCGAUACUGCAUGCAAGGAAUUGCAUACGAUGUUGAAAGAGGAAGAGCUACAGGAUAGCGCACUAUUAGUAUUUGCCAAUAAGCAGGAUCAACCAGGCGCAAUGACUGCAGCGGAAGUAUCGCAUGCUUUGAGUCUAACGGAUCUAAAAGAUCGAAGCUGGAGUAUCGUUGCAUCAAGUGCUAUAAAAGGUGAGGGUUUAACAGAGGGUUUAGACUGGUUGAUGGAUGUCAUCAAGGAUGAACAAUUGUAA